AGAAGUUUCUUUCAUCAAAGUUUCAAUUACUCAAAAUAGUGUUUUAGCAGUAAUACUGCAACACCUAUGUUGAAUUGAGGAACAUGUAGAAAAUUGGCAUCGAUGAUGGUUGGUAACAGAAAGCUGAAAUAUAUAUAAUCCAUGGAGGCUAGUGGUAGUUACUUUGACUUUGUGAAUCUGUUGACACAAGUUAGGUUAUGCACUUAUGCUACUUAAACCUUUACAUCCAUACCAUGGCUGCCUCAGUUUCUGUGUCAAGCCAUAAGCUUUAAAGUUUCCAGUUUUAAUUGAUUGGGAUGUCGAGUGGUGUUAUUUGCAUAGGGUGCAGUGUGGUUGAGAGCUUUUAUGUCUAUGGGGCAUAUAGUUUCAAUUCAUCAAUACUGAAGAGGUAGAUUAGGGUCUAGUGGGUGUAGAGCGAGGUACAAACAGUGUGGGGCCAUUUUAUGAUCAAACGCGGGUAAUACGUUCAAGUAGAUUGCGUAUCAUCAAUCUGUAGACUCAGGAUUCUAAGUAAAAUGCCAAAUGAAUUGCCUCUCUAUUCAUCUUCCUUGAUUUCUUGUUUCAAAAUCUCUCGGAGAUUCAUUUGGCCUGAGAAUGAUUACUGUCUGCAUUUCUAAACUGGCAAACAAAUUACUGCGUACAAGUAAUGAAUGACAGUGGAAAAGAUAACCUCUGUGUGGGAUUAAUUACUUUCAUUAUUUCAUUCGUAUAAUAUGAGUUUAACUUACCGUAGUGAUGUUACCAUUAUAUAUGCAAAUAUAGUUUGGAAUGGUGACGAAGCAACGCAGAGAAAAUAUCUAAACAACGAGGCGUAGACAUGAGCUCACUUGAUUGACCAUUACGCCGCCAAGAAGACUUCUGUUACGUGUAUAUUUUUUAUUUUUGAGCAACCUGUUACGUGUAUAUAAAACACUUCUCUUACGUGCAUAUAAAACACUUCUCAUGCCAUUAUCCCCAGCACAACAAACACACGAAUCGGAUCUCCGACAGUACAUUGAAGUCAAAAUCGCUAAGAAUCUCCGACAACCAGUUCCAAACCAUGGCUCAGAAUCAGCCAAUCUUUCAGACAGAAGAACAUUUUGUGCAGAUUCCCGUCAGCAUCGAGCGUGAUUCAACCACACUCAUAAACUCAAACCGGAAACCAAACCAUUGGCCGACAAUUCUCCUCUCAACCGUCUUCGUCAUCAUAGGCCAAUCCAUAGCCAAACUCCUCGAAAACUUCUACUACGACAAAAUCAACCGAAGCGAGUACAACGAACACCGCCAAAACGACGGCGUUUGGACUCAAGCUCUCCUCCAAACCGUCGGCUUCCCUCUCCUCCUCCUCCCGUUCAUCAUCCUCACCGCCAAGAAACAGAACCAACCAUCUUCCGACAACCAGUUACACUACAAAUCCUUAGCGGUAAUCUACAUCUGCAUCGGGAUCGUCAUGUCGGUUCAGGGAAGACUCUCCGCAAUGGGAAAGCUCGAGAUACCAUUCGGUAUCUUCACCCUCAUCUACACAACGCAGCUCUUCUUCACUCCCAUCUUCGCUAGCUUCGUCAACAAAACCAAGUUCAACAGAUGGGUCGUCAUCUCAUUGCUCUUAGCAAUCGUCACCGGAGCUCUCACGUUAUCAUCCUCAUUCGGCGGCGAGCCGGACGAGGCGGAGCUGAAUUACGCAAGAGGCUCAUGGGCCGCUCUGUUCGCCGCCCUCUGCUUCUCUCUCCUCCUCUGUAACAUCCAAAACGUCUUCGACAGCUACAUCUUCAAACGCACGGAAUCCACCACCAGAAAGCCAAGCUUCGCUUCCGUUUUCGAAGUCAUAAUCUUCUCCUCUUUAGUCGCCACACUCAUCUCCAUGGUGGGACUUCUCAUCGCCGGGGAACAACACGAUUUGAAGAGGGAGAUGAAUGGUUUCCCGAAAGGGAAAGGUGCGUACGUCAUGGCUAUGGUGGGCCAAGCGGUUUCGUGGCAGAUCUACUGGGUUGGGAUCGUGGGACUUGUCUUUUCUGUUUCGAGCGUGUUGUCGAAUGUGAUCAGCGUCGUUACGUGGCCGAUCGUGUCGGUGCUUGUUGUGAUCUUCUUUAACUACAUGGACGAUGAGUUCGAUGUUUUCAAAGGUGUCGCCUUGAUCACUGCCGUGUUAAGCGCCGCCGCUUAUUUCUUUAGGCUUCAUAAAGAGAAUCGUAACAGUGCGUACUGAGUUUCUAUUUUUCCUUCAUUUUUUGGGUUAAUUAGUCAUGUAUUAUAUUGUUUAAUUGUGUGUAUAAUGUAUUAAUGUUAGUGUGAUUUACAAUGAAAUGUUUGCAAGUGUCAAGUCUUUGUAAUUGCGAUUUCAACGCCUUCUCUCUCAUUCUAUCAUCAGGUAUCUGACUUACUUCUCUUCUUGGAGAGUUCUGUAUUUGUCCCAGAAGUACUUUGUGGUCUGUUUUCAUCCAUAUCUUAA